AUGAUUUUGUUAUCAUCAAAUGCUAUCAACACAAUAACAUAUUAUUUGCAACGUUGCCAGAUUGUAUUUGAAAACACUGCUUCUUAUCAAUACAUCUGCCACAGUCUCCACUCUCCGCCACCAGGAGACGGUGACAAGCUGCUGUGCUAAAGUAAAGUAACUUGUGUUAUUGUAAUAAUUGAUAUAUGUAUGUGUAGUUUGUACUUCACUUCUACCUAUUUAUCGAUUUAUAUUUUUCUAACGCAGUAAGUUAAAAUCUGACCUAUUUGCAAGUCGGUGCCGAUUUCAAACCUAUAAUUGUAAUGUCAACAAAAAGAAUUUGAUCUAAUAAAGUACAAGUGAGACUUACAGUGCACAUAUUAAUAAUGAUAAACCUUUUAACUAGAACCUACAUAAGUCUACCAUAUUCUACCUUUUAGAAUAAACUUAACUUUUACAUUUUUAUUUUAGUGGAAAACCAAUCAAUUGAGAACAAACAAACCAUCAUAAGUCCACCAAGACAACAGGUAUUGCCUACCUAUGUACCGCAACAACCUUCACUGCACAACAGUCAACUACACUUGCAAACAGAUUUUACAUCUCCACCACCAACACACCCCCAUGGAUUCUGGCCACAACAGGCUUUUCCCAAUUCAUGGCAAGCUCAGUUCCGUAUGCCCAGCCCUGUGCCACAGACUAAAACUACAGUGACAAACUCUACAGCGGGUAAUAGUAACUCACCUACGUUCAGUUCAGCUAGCAAUAGUACUAUUAGAUCACCCUCACCACGCUGGAGGUCAUUUAAUACUAAUUCACGUCAACGUACACCUUAUCAGUAUGCAAAUGCUCCAAGAAACACUUACCCAAGACAGUUCGCCCAAAGUGCUGUAUGUGACUAAAACUGAAUUAUCUAUAUUAUAAAUUUUAUAAUAAUUUGUAUUACUUAACUGUUUUUCAUAUUUGUUGAAUAGAAUGGGAGUUUUUUCGGUAACUCUCCACAAAAUCCACAAAGUCCAUCUUCAUCAUCAGCACAAAAUUGGCCACAGUUUAAUCAAAGACCUCGUUUUAUACCACGGCAACACAUGCGCAUGAACAGACCUCGAAAUUCAGUUCAAAAUCAAUCGAAUGGAACUAAUCAGGUUUGAAUUUAGAAUUUAUUUAGUAAGAAUUAGAGUUAAAUAUAAGUUAAAAAUUAGGCAAAAUCUACUAUGAUAUAGGGUUAAGUAGAGUGAUUGAAAACUAUGAUAAUUUGAAACCAGGGCAUAGAAUGAAUAUUAUUAUAUACCAUUAUUCUAGUAUUUAUUUUUAUAACCGAAUUGAUAUUUUAAAGUUACGUUUUAACAAAUUAAUAUUUGAAAACAUUACUACUUAGUUAUCUAGGUUCUUUAGAUUUAUUUUUUAGUAUAUUUUUGGUUUAUACACCAUUAAAAUUUGGGUUUUUUUAUUUUUUUCAUAUUAUAUACUUGUUUAUCACUGUGACUUAAAAACUUUAUUUAUAAUUUAUUAAUAAUCAACUCCCCAACUUCUCACCUACAACAGUAGCCCACUUAUUGGUUUUACUAAGAUUUUUUUUUUUUUUUCAUAUUGUGUAUGAAAAUUCGACUAUAAAUCUUGCUCAAAUAUUUAGACGCGACAUCAUUUCUGAAAAGGAAUGUUGUUCCAAUGGUACUUUUGGGAGGUAAUUUUUUGAUUUUCCAAGCAGUUUUCAUAAUAUCUGGGAAAAACUAGGAUAACACUUAAAAAAAAAAACCGGGAAAUGUACGAAGAGGAUGCUUUUAUUAUUUUAUUAAUUUUGUUAAUUGUUGUAAUUCAGUUAAAAAUAUUCAUCGAGACUUGUAAUUUGGACAGAAAACUCAUAUUUGCUUUUUCUAAACGAGAUAAAAUAUUCAAAACAUUUGAGCUAUUUUUAGGUUUUUUAUAAAAAAUUUAAAAUUAUUAUUAAAAUUUAGUUUAAAAAUAUUCGUAUUGACUCGAUGCACUUCGAAUUUUGACAAAACACUAAUAUUUACCUUGUCUAGACGUGGUAAAAUUUUCAAAAAAUUUAAGCCACUUUUGAGGUAUCUAUGUCAUUUUAAUUUUGAGAGUUUUGUACAUAAUAUUUAUCAAUAAAAAAAUAUUAUGCCUUUUUUUCAGUGUUCAACUUUUCUACCAGCAAUUUUCGCUCCAAUUUAAAAUUAUAGCACUUUUCUGAACAAAAAUCUUACUGGAAAAGUACUUUAGGGAGGUAAUUUUUGAUUUUCCUUGGAGAUUUCCCAAAAAAUAGGGAAAAAUCAGUACAAUAUUAAAUAUUAUUUAAGAAAUUAUAUAAUGCCUAUUUAGUUAUUUUAUUAUAAUAUGACAUAUAUAUAUUGUUGACAAAGCAUCACUAUCAAGUGAAUUGUGCUCAGGAUCGUUUUUUUUUUACCAAUGAUUUAUUGUUGCUUACAAAUAUACAUUAAAUUACCUAUAACAAUGGCUGCACCCGUUUCCAUUAUCUUAUGAUGUCUUUUUUUAUAUGUAAUAUGAGUGCUAAAUUUUAAUAUUUUCCACGAAAAAAAAUUUUCAAAAACCCUCAGAGUUAAAAAUUAAAUGGAGAUCUCUGAUACUUGAGUGAUUCACAUUGCCCAUCAUAUGAAUAAGAAGGACAGAUCUCAUUUUAUCUACUCUGUUGACAACUUUUCCCCAGAAUCCAUCACUUAAGAAAGACUAAAGAUUUUUACUAGUAACCUAGUAUUUUUUAAUUUUUGCUUAAAUAUUAUGAUACCAAAAAUCAAUGUUAUAUUAGGUUUUUAUAAACAAAUUGCUUUUAAAUAUAAGAUGUUUGCUUCUUUGAAAGCCAUUUAUUGAUCUAUUAAUUCCAAUCUAGAAUACGUAUCUGUAGUUUGGAAUCCCAUUUUCACCAAGCGUGGUUCUCAGCUUAGUUUUGCUGACUAUAUUCUAUUCAUUAACUAUUUACCUAUUACCUAUGACUAAUCUCCAGUUGUCCUUUACCUUAACCUAAUAAGCUUAAGAACUUACCUUCUAAGUUCGUAUUUUUCAAAAAAAAAAAACUGUAUAUUAUAAAAUCAAAAUUUUAGAAAGACUAUUGACUAUUAUAGGUCCUUAACCCCCCCCCCCCAUAUCAUUUUUAGAGAAUUUAGAGUUGCCUAUCCAAGCUCUAGUUCUGUUGCUCCUUAUUUUAUACCUUUUAAUACCACCAAUUAUGUCACCAAAUUAUUUCUAGUGCAGUCAUUUGUUUGCACACAGAUUAUUCCUAGUGUAAUUCUUGAUUUGCACACACAUUUUCCUUUCUACAUAUACAGACUUAGGACUGUCAAUAAAUAUUUUUCAUUUAUUUUAAAUACUUUAAAGACUUACCUUGGAAGCUUUUCAUGAGUUGUUCAUGGAUAUACAUGUACCUAUUCAAUUAUUUGUAUUAUUUCUUUUCCAUGACAAAAAUAGUCUUAGUAGAUUAUUUUUUUUAUUCAUUUUAAUUCAAGUUUAGUUUUAAUCAUAAAUCCUUUAUUAUUGCCAAUAUCAUUGUCUGCAUGUGUGUGGUUGUAUAAUAAUAUGUAUAUAUAAACAUCUAGCUUAUAAUUGUAAUAACAAGUUUUUAAUUUUAUAAUAUUUUUGUACCAUUGAGUUGUUUCUUCUAUUAAAUGUUGAACCCAAACAAGUGGUUUCUCCUACAAUUAUUUGUGCACAGUUGAGUUCCAGUUUUUAACUGAGAAAUUUUAAAAUGUAGUCUGUUGUUUAUUUAAAAUUAAAUGAGGUUCUUAAUAAGAUAUUAAAAUGCUGUUUGUUUUGUAUACAACUAGUUGGGUUAUUAAACUUUUGAUGUAUUAGAGAAGAUAGUAUUCUUAUGUAUUUCUAAAGAAAUUUUAAAAACUUAAAUAUAAAUUAUUUGGUAUUGGUUGUACAAAAUUAUAUCCAUGAUGUUUUGUUAAAAAGGUGUAUGACACUAAAAAUUGAAAAAUAAGUUUUUGGUAUCAAAAAAACCUAACCUAACUGUUUUUAAAAAAAAAAAACUUUAUGUAUGAUUUAUUAGUUAUUAAAAGUAAAUAAUACCCUUAUAAAAUAACCCAAAAAUAUUAAGAAUAGAUAAAUAACAAAAUAUGUAGAAUAAAAGUCACUUUUAUUGUUGCUAUUUUGUAUUUGUUUCUUUUGAUUUAUGAUUAUUAAAAUCAUAAAUAAAACUAUUAGCAUUCUAUAUUGAUGAAGAAUACCUAAAGCAAUAUUAAAUCAAAUUUCUUGAGAUAAUAUUUUAAAUUACUUAAAUUUAAACUAUAAAUUUGUAAACAUUUAAUAAUGCACUUAAAAAUAACAAAAUCACUGAAACAUAUUCUAAAAAUGAAAAACAGGAGUAAAUACUGAAGCAAUACAAAAUUCAAAUUUUACUUUUGAAAUAUAUGUUAUACAAAUUGAAUUAUGUACUUGGAAAGCAUUGUCUUAGAUCACAUAUUAAAAAAAAUGUAUAUAUAUUUUCAAUUGAAAAUCGGUCCAAUAAUAAUUCUAAAAAAAAAACUUAUGUGGGAGAAAAAAUGAUGAUGUCCGGAAAGUUUGGUUGGGUAUAGUUAGAAUGCCCUCAAUUUUUGAUAAAUAGUCCCCCUCAAAGUUUCUCCUAUUUUAACUACUGAAUGUAACAUUAAGUACUUAUUACAACAACAUUUUUAAUUAGUAACCUAAUAAUAAUUGAGAUUUUUUUAGUUCAUAAUAAUACCUAAUUUUUAAAAUUAGUAGCACACUAAAUUUUUAUUAGACUAAUAAAUCAGAGUAACACUAAAAAUUUCUUGACUUAAAUCUAAAUUUAAAAUAUUGUGCUAAAAAUAUUUAUAUAUGUUGGUAUUUAUUAUUCAUUGCUAUUUAUUGUAAUUUAUUUAAAUUAUUAAACAGUGUGCAUCUUUGUUAAAAAUAUGUGAAUGCUCAUUAAAAACUUCUUAUAUAAUGUUGCUGAUUUGUUUUGUUUAAUUUAAUAAAAAAACCAAGGAAUCCAAUGCUGUGACAGAAUGCAAAACACGAAAACGUAAGUUAAAAUCACAACAAUCUGGUGAACCACAACGUGCUCAAAAACCAUGGAACCGUGAAGAUGCAGUAAAAGCUAUUGCUGCUGAGAUGGAACUUAGAACACCUAAAAACAACCAACAAAUUAUGAUUAGAUUUCCAGAUCAUGAAAUUACUAGGCAAAUCGUACAAAACUUCCAUUCUGACAUUAAAUCUGUACAUUUCCACACUCCGUGCAAUCCAAGGUAUGUAUACUAACUUAGAUUAAUAAGUAUAUUUGUGUUAGAAAUAAACAAACUAUUAAAUGAAUUUUCAAAUAUUUACUUUUAAACUAUCUUAGAUAUUGUUAUGUACAAGUACAACCAAAUGCGAACAUUGAAAGUGUUGCACAUGAAUUAAAUGAAACAGUUUUUCAACAUGAAAAAUUACGUGUAGAAAUUAAAGAAAGUCAGUUUGAAGAAAAAGCUUUCCCAGAGUGCAUUGAUCCAUAUACGUAUGUAUUACUGAUUAUAACAUAGAAAUGUACUCUUAUAAGUACUAAAUAACUUUUUAAUCAUAUUUAUUUUUAUUCUUCAAUCUAAAUUUAAGUCUAAAUGUAUGUUAUAUCUAUACAUAAUAUACAUUUAUAGAUGUAAGUCAAUAUCUUUAUUUUGACUCAUAGAAUUCUUAAUUUAUUACUUUAGUUUAUAUCUUGGAAAUUUGCCAACAAAUAUUACAUCUAAUGCUGUUAAAGAUGAAUUUCCAAAAGCUACUCGUGUUGAUAUUGGGUUUGCAAAAAAAAUGAAGUACACCAGGUAACUUCUUAUUAAUGCAAUUAUUUAGUUAAAUAAUUAAAUAUAAUAUUCUUAUUUUGAUUUUUUUUAUAUAAUUAUUUAUUUAUUGUUAGGUAUGCAUUUAUUAAAUUUUCUAAUGCAGAAGAUGCGAUACAAGCAUAUAAAGAGAAAUAUAAUUUGGUUAUUGAUAGUCGAUCAGUUGUACUUAGAUUCAGACGUGGAAAAGGAAAUGUAAAUCCUCCUGGACAAGUUGAUAAAUUAGUAAGUUAAUUAACUUACUAAUUUUAUUUAGAUUUUUUGGUAUUUUUAUUUUUAAUUUGGUUUUUUUUUUAGCCGAAUGAAAUGAAUGAAUUUGACAUACAAAGUUUGCGGAAAAAAAUAAAAAGAGAACCUGUAGAAGUAAACAUUAAUUUAAUUCUAAAAUUGUUAUAUUCAAUUUUGAACCAGCAAUUAUUAAAUUAUGUUAUUUGUUAUUUUUAGGAAACUAUUGAUGAUUAUGAUAUUCCUGCAAUUAAUGUAUCAAGUGUUAAACCUGAAUUAAUGGAAGAUGAUGAUUAUGAACAAGAUGCAGUUUAUGAAUCGCAUGAAACAUAUAUAAAUGACAUAAAUAUUAAAUCAGAAUGUCCAGAUUAUGAUGAAGAAUAUGAAAAUUAUUAUGAUGAAGAAGAGACAACAAAUGUAUCGUACAGUUUCCGCCCAAAUGAAACUGUUACUGUAGAUGUAAUGCUCGCUGGAAAUGAUGGUGGUGCAGAAUGCAUUCAAACAAACCAUGAAAGUGACAUCACCAUUCCUCCUGUAAUUUAUUUUAUUAAUAUUAUUUAAUUAUAGAUUUUUGAGCGGAGCGAGAAAUGUAUUGAUUUUACAAUAAUAUUUUUUUUUUUUUUUAAUUUCUGAAUAUUUUUUAUACCAGCAAUUUUGUUCCAAUUUUCAAAUAAAGCACAUUUUGAAAGUAAAUCUGACUUGAGGGAAGUCAUUUUUAAGGUUUUUCCCAGCUGUUUUCAUAAUGAAAAUAAAAAAAAAAACUCAAAAAUUUACGAAAUGUAAAUCUUAAUUAUUACAACCUGUAUGUAUAACCAAAUUCCCCUCAGAAUCAUUUUUCGUUAGUAUAAAUUAAUAAUUGCAUACAAAUAUAUAUUAAAUUCCCCUCUAUAUCCUACCUCCCAACUUCUUUCCUGUAACAAUGGCCCAACUAUCGUUCAAAGUAUGUCUGUAUCUUUUUUAGUACACUACUAAUAGUCUUAACUAAAAAUAAAAGUCCCUAUACCAUUGUUUUUUUUUUUUUUUUACAUGUUUAUAUUUUUGUAAAGUUUAACUCAAUUGGUUGUAUGUUUUUUCUUAGGUUAUUGAUGAUGAAGACAGGCAAUGGAAUGAUAAACCAGAUGAAGAAGAUGAUUUUGAUAUACCAUAUUCAUUUGUACCAAAUAAGCAAAUACUAUCAGAAAAUAACAGCGAUAUUACUUUACCUUCAACUGUAAGUUUUUAGAACUAAUUUCAAUUUUUAAAGUUUACAACUUAUACUACGUAAUAAAUAUCAAUUAUAGGUAAAACAUUUGAGAAUUCAAUUUUUUUUAUCAUUUAUAAUAAACAGUUUUUAAAUUUCUAUCAUUUUAGAUUCCGAGUGGAAGAAUGAUUUUAAUGAUUGUUUUACAAAGAUGUUUAUUUUUUUUUUCAUAUGCACAAUUUUUAUUGGAAAGCUUACUCAGAUGUGUACAAUGUAGACCCUUUUCUAAAAGGAAAUAUUCUCUGGGUGGUUAUUUUGCAAGUUAAUUUUUGAUUUUUCAAAGGUUGUCUCAUCAAAUGUAAAAAUCCAAAAAAAACUGGGAAAACAGAAAGAAAAAUUUAUGAAAUAUAUUAGUAAAAAUAUUAUGAUUCUCUUAAUACAACUGCAGUAAUAUUAAUACAAGGAAAACUUGUAUACCAACAAUUUUGCUCUGAUUUACAAUGAUGAUACUUUUUCCAAAAAUAAUUUGAUUGAAGAGGUACUUUAAAGAGGUCAUAUUUUGAUUUUCCUAAGAGUUUUCCCAGCAAAUGUGAAAAACCGUGAAAAACAAGAAAAUUAGUACAAUAUUAAACAAAUGAUAUUAAAAAUAAUAAAUAAAGCCUAUUUAAUUAUUUUACCAUAAUAUGACAUAUAUUCUUGACAAAGCAUCACUAUCAACUGAACUGUGCUUAAAAUUGUUUUUAGUAAGCAAUGGUUUAUUGUUGCUUACAGUUACAAAUAAUUUCCCCUCUAUAUUUUAUCUUCCCAAUUUCUCAUCAACAACAGUGAAUCCACUGUACCCAUUAUCCUGGGCAGCUUUUUUCAUGUUUCUAUGUUUAUGUUCUUCAUGUUUCAAUUAAUAACUACCCAAGAUAAUAAUAAAAACUAAUUUUAUAACAUUAUUUCUAAAAGUGGACAAAGUUAUUACUUUAAAAUUCAAUUAAAACUAUAUUGUUAUUUAUUUAUAUGUUAAUUUGUUUUUAUAAUAAUAAACACAGUUUUUUUAUCCUAUUACCUGCAUACUAUAAACACCUUAUACAUAUUCUUUUUGCUUUACAUUAAUUAAUUCAUGAUCAUUUUGAUAAUUUCUCAGAUUAUCCAAUAAUUACCAAUCCCCCUGUGUUAUUAACACAUCAUCCUAGUUAUUAUACUAAUCAAUUGAUAGCAUCUCAAUAAAUGUAUAUUUAUUUUAUUUUAUAUAUUUAAACUGCCAGAACCCUAUAAAAAUGUCUUAAGUUUUAUAUUUAUGUAUUGGAACUUAAAUUUAUUUAGACAGUAAAAAUAAUAAAAUUAAUUCAUACAAGUAACAAUAAAAUUACAAAAAGACUCAAAAGAGUGAAAAUUAAAAAUAUUAACCAUAGUUUGUUGUUAGGUUAGGUUACGUUAGGUUUUUUUUUUUUUUUUUAAUAUAAAACAUUUUUGUAAAUUUAAUUUGACUUUGAAGGAUAUCAAAACUACAAAAUCUAAGUAAUUCAGGAUAGUUUAUAUGACAGUUUACUACUUUUAUAUAAGGACUUUAAAUGGUUUUUUUCCUAUCAGAUGGAUUGGUCGUAUAUAUAAUUGGUUUAAUAAAAAUGUAUAUUGAGAAUAAGGUUUGCAAAGAACACCACAUUUGUAUGAAAUAAAGCAAUGUGAUCUAUUUUGAAUAGCUUCAAUACUUUGUAUAUGUACAAAUGUACAAUAUGUAAAGGGUGGCCAUAGUGUCAUACAAUUCUAGAGUAGAACACAAAAGUGAAAAAUAUAAAAUGUUCAAGAUAUUAACAUGCUUGUUGAAAGAAAGAGUAGAGUCGAAUUUAACCCCUAUAUCAUACAUUUUAAUCACACACCUGAAGUAUCUAUGGUAUAAUCAUUGAGAAUUGGUGAACGAGACUUGGUAAACAACUUUGCACUAGAGUCUUGUGUAACGCCUGAUAAAAUAUUGAAAGAAUAAGGAAAAAAAUAUUUAAAUUGAAAAUUUCCUUUCUUUUACAAAAGUAUAAAAACAAUCAUGAAAAAACAUUCAUUGUGAAUACCGAUAAAAUACAAUUUAUUUGAGUGAACAAGGUGGUUUAGUUUAUCAAAAGUCUUUGUAAAUUCUGUAAAAAUUACAUCAUUGAUAUCUGGAUACAAAAGUACAUAUUUUUGAAAAAUUAGAAAUUUAGUUAUUGUUGAUUUGUCUUUCAAAACACUGUGCUGAUUAUAAAUGAAAUAAAUAUAUAUUCUGAAAUAGAUUCAAAUAAUUUAUGAAAAAUGGAAAUAUUCUAAUACUUAAUUGUAUUAGUUAAAUCAUUUCCUUUUUUGAUAGUCUUAAUAAAACUAAUUUUUGCCAAUUAGAUGAAGUCCACUAGAAAAAGAUAAAUAAAAUAAAUAUGAUAAAGGAAUAGCCAACACAUAUUUACAGUUAAUAAAGAAACAGCUUGGAAUCAUAUCAGUACCUGGACUCAUUUGUGAUACUAUUUAACUUACCUAUUUAGAACGUCAGUAAUGCUUAACAUUCUCAAAUUCCAGUUAAUGUUUCAUGUGUUAUAUCAAGUUAUCAACUAAUGGGUAUUUAUAGAUGAGGUUAACAACUAAUUUCCAUAGACACUAAAAAGUAUUAAGCUAAUCAACAAUAUUCUUACCACCAUUCACUAGAUAAUUUUCAUAAAACUUCAUAUAGAAUAAGAUGAAAAUAAUUUUGUAUUGGUACAGAAUUUUUAGAGUUUUAAGUAUUAAAAAUAUAAUUAUGAUAAUUGAGCAUUGAGAUUUAUACCUAACACGUAAUUUAGAAGAAAUUCAUUUGAAAAGUAGUUUAUUUAUACAACAUGUGAGCAAUUUUUUAUUUAAAAAAAUCCAUAUUGAUAUGUGUUUUUUUGGAAAUAUUCAUUUACUUUAAAUAUUUUGUAUAAUAUAAUUGUUAAAAAGUACUGGUACUGAGGAUGAGGAUGCCACUCUUGUAUGUGGUAAGUUGAGAAGACAGGAUACAUUAAGUUAUAUAAAUAAACCAUUGUUUUAUGUCCAAUUGUAUUUUUGGUAGAAAACAAAGCAUACAAAUUUAAAAUAAAGGAAUUGUGACACUAUAAAUUUAUCCAUUUUCAUUUUUCGUCUUUAUUUUUUUUGUUUUUCCAAUUAUUAUAAAUAUUACAUGGAAAAUCAAAAAAAUGACCCCCCAAAAGUACCAACCUGAUAAAAUUUCCUUUCAGAAAAAGUGCUGCACUUGAUAUAUUGGAGUAACAUUUCUGGUAGAAAUUUUAUACACAGUAUAAAAAAUAAAUAAACAUCAUUGUAAAACCUAUACACAUCUUUACACUCUUUAAGAAUUGAAUCUAAAAUAUAAAUAAGAAAUAUAACAAAUAAUUAGAAAUGGGUCAAACUGUUUGAUGUUUGAAAUGAUUCUAUAAUGUUCAAUUUGGCUGUGUUUUUGAACUUGAUUACCUAAAUUUUGAAUCAAACUGAACUUGAAUAAACUAUUUUAAAACUGGAAAAUGUUCGUAUUUUAUUAUAAUAAAAAUAAUAACUGAUAAAUUUAGCGAUUGGAAAACCCAACAUUCAUUUUAUGUGCUCAAAUUCCUACCUGUGUAUAGUUUAAAUUUUAAUAAAAUCUUAUAUUAUCUUAUUAUAUAGGAUGAUUCUUUUAUUAUGAACUAGUUCAAAGUUCAGACCGGAGAAGUAAUGAAGAGUUGUAACUUACAGAUAGUAAAUCUAAUAUUAGUGUUAUGCAUAUCAAAGUUUCUAGAAAAAUAUUAUUAAUUUGUGUUCAAAAAGGAAGAUUUCUAUUUGAAAAUUAAAACUAUAAACUUAUUUAAGAUAUGUGGAGUAGAAUAAAAAAUAAAAAAUGAUUUUAAAAUAAAGCUUAAUUUAUUACAAAAAAAAAAAAGAGAGAAAUUCACUUUUAACCCUCUAAAAUGGGUUAUUCAUGAUAAUAAUCCUGUAUAGGCAGCUUUAUCCAGAUUGACAGAACAUUAUCACACAGCUUAAAUUAAUGUAAUAUUAAAAUAUUUUUGGUAUCAAUAUAAAAAGUUUAGUAGUUUGACUACAAAACAUCGGGUUCGAACCAUCUCUACAAAUAAUAUUAUUGAUUUAUUUAGAAUGAAAAUCAUGAUGGCGGUAGUGACAGGGAAGAUUCAAGAUGGUCUUCGGAUGACGCAGAAGAUAAUAGUGGUGCUGAAUACACUUGGCGAGGAAUUAAUCAGAAAAAUAAAUCAACAAAGCAAACUAAAGGUAAAUAGUGUUUAGAAAAUUGAGUACAUAUUAAUUUGUUAGUGAAUAAAAAGUUGAUUAAUGAGUAAAAUCACAAUUAGAUUAUGAAAAACGAGAAUAUAACUUUAAAAAAUCAGACGACAUUAGAGCCGUUAAAUGAUUCAAAUUCAAACUCGAAAUACACACGAGGUAUGUUUAAAUAAUUAAGUUCACACAGCCACAUUUUUAUGUGUAUUUUUAAGAAACUAUUGUACUGGAAAAGUGAAAUAUUAGUAAUAUACGAAUAGAACUCAUGAAUAAGAUAAGUUUAGCCGAUGAGUCAUUCGUGAUAUGUAGAGUGUUUAGAAGGUAAAUAAAUUGCAAGAUACUCAUGCAGUAUAAAUGCAAAUGCCAAAUACAACCAAAAUAAUUAUUAUCCUUAGAUUUGGGUCAUUUGGCAUUUAAAUUAAAUUUACUCGAACGGCACUUCGUUAUUAUUGGCCGAGAUUUCUUUUUAACUUAUUUUUGUUUUGUUUUAUUAAAAAUGAUUUUAUUAAAUUCCAUCUAUGAAAUCCCCCAUGGUUGUUUUUUUAAUUUACAGUCUUGUUCACUCAAUGUGGCCAAAAGGGUAUUUAGGUUUGUUUCGGCCCAGUAGUCGGGCAUGUCAAGACGCAAAACUGAUGCACGUGUACUCUCAAGCGACAGAAGGUGAGAUCACAAAAAAAAAAAAAAUGGAAUGCACUAGAAAAGUUAAAUGAAAAUCUAACAGUUCUAAGUAAACAUUUUAGUUUCAUAUUAGUUUAACACAAUAAAAACAUAUACUGCUAAUAAACAAAGUUUUUUUUAAAAGACAUUUAAAAAUGUACAAAUAAUUAGUAAAUUAAAAUUUAUUGAACUUCCCUAUUUUCUAUAAUUAAAAAAAAAUAUAUAUAUAAUAAUUAUUAUUUAAACCAAAAAAAUACAGUGAAAUAUGAAAAAUAUAAACUAUCAAAAAUUUAAAAUGUUGUAAUAUUGUUAAGUGUGUACAAAUUUUGAUUUUUUAUGAGAAUAAGAUAUUAGUUGAUAUCUAAUUCAUAUUUUAGUCAAUUUCUAAUAUAAAUACUUGAUUUUUCCAUUUGUGGUUUUACUGAAAAUCAUUACAUACCUAGAUUUAUAACCUUUGAUAAUUUGAUUAUUUAUUUUUACACUGAUGUAUAGAGAGAUAGAGAGAAACACUUGAAUGUAAAGGUUAGAGAUUUAGCAGAAGUAAAACAGAGUUCAUAGAGUAUUACUGAAUUAAGAGAACAAAGAAUAAAAAGCAAAUAAUAAAUGAACAAACUGUUGCUUAGAACAUAUUAAAAAUUAAAAUAUAAUGAAAAUCUUGCCUGGAGAAAUGUAAUCAUUAUAUACCACUAUUCUAAAUGUGAAAUAUAAAAUAAUAAAAUCAGGUGAAUUUUGUGAUUUAUUUACCAUCUGUCCCAUACAGUAUUGAAUGAAAAAAAUUAAAACUGUGUCUUUAUUGUAUUAACUGUUUUUUAUUUCACCCAUGUCACCAGAGUAACCCAUGAAUCAACAAAAAUACCAAUGUUGUCAUUCUUUAGUGGUUGAAUUUUAAACAUAUUGCUUUGAGAAGUAUAUAUGGACCUGUUAAUCUGCUUCUAUAUGUUAAUUUUCAGAUCAAUAAGAUAGAUCUAGCUGUAAAUCGCGUUCAAACAAUCAAGCACUUCCUUUUAUUAAUAUUGAUAGUACAUUGUCUUCUCCUUCGCCUUAAUCCCAACUAUUUGGGGUCAUAAUAAUAUAAUAACUAUACAAUUGAUUUUAAAUAUAAUUUAAUUUUUUUGAUAUAUGAAAUUUUUUUAAAACAUGAGCAAAAGUGAAAAAUUAACAAACAUUAAAUUAGGUAAUUGAAAGGAUAAAAUAUUUAAAAGUUAAAAAACAAAAUGUACAUUAUUUUAAUCACUUAAAAAUUUUAGUUCUUUAUUAGACACUGGUUUAUAAAAAUCUGCAUAUGUAUAUGUACAGUUGUAUAUAUAUAUAUAUGUAUAAUAUAUUAUACUGUUGUCAAUAAGAGAUUACCUUUUGAUCUAAAAAAUUAUAUUCUUUACUUCAUAACAUCUUAAAUUCAUACCUAUUACAUACAUUGUUUAUUAUAAACAUAUAUAAAUUUUAAAAUUAGUAAAAACAUUUAUUGGUACUUUUUAUUUAUAACUAUAAUCUAUUUUAUUCUAUCCUGAUAAAGUUUUAAAGAUUGUUGUAACAUUUUUUAUUUCAUUCGUUUUUGUCUAGUACACAGUCAUCAGCAUCACAUAAAUGUUCUCAUAGAACAUUCUUAUAAUUAGAAAGACAUCAUAUUGAAUUUGUUUGUCUUUCUCUUAUAUGUUUAUACAUUUUACAAUUUAAGUGUACAAUCACAAUUUAGUGAAAAUUAUUGAAUUAAUCUGUUACCAGAUAUUAUAAUUAUGUUUUUGUUACAUGUUUAAACCAGUUAAUAAUAUUUGGAAUACCAAUAAAUUUCAUAUUAAUCACAGACUAAUAAAUUGUAUUCUAGUGUGUGCUAUUAUAGGAAUAUAAAUAGUUUUUUUAUAUUCUGUAGACAGGUUAACAAUUAGCGACACCAAAUAUCAAUGCAGUGGACUGUUAUAUUUUGAUUGUAUAUAAAGUUUAAUGUAUAUUAACUAGUUAAUAGUAUUCAUAAUGGCGAACUAUAAUCCAAAUAACAUAUUAUAGUUAUUUCAUGUACAGAAAUCUAAAUUACUAUGUGCUUUUUAUUGCACUAGCCCAAAGGUCACCAUCCUUUUCCAACUAAUGAACAGCAUUCAAAAUUUUAAGUCUUAACUUAGACUAAGAUGAUUGACAUUUAUUUAUUUAGACUUUGGGUAUAUUAUUUAUAUUUUUAAAUACAUUCAGUAUAGAGUAGACAGUACAUUGCACAUAAUAUAUAUAAACCUAUAUUUUUUUUAAGUUAAUCUUAAUAUGUAAAUAUUUUUUUUCUAUAUCUAUGUGAUAGUUGACAUUGAUUGUCUGCGAGUUUUAAGAAUUCUGGUGUAUAAUUAGAAACAGCUGCUCGUAAACUUGAAUCCAAAUUUCUGUUUAUCAUUCUUGACCGAUAUUUAUUGAACAAAAAAUGAAGUUAUUUGAGUAUUUUUGAGUAAUUGCAUGCUUAGACAAUUCUGGGAUAUUAUAAAUGCUGAAGAUUAAAAAAUUAAUAUUUUAUUAUCUGAUUAUUUAUAUCAUGACUGACCAAUAAUGGUAAAAUUAAUUUUUAUUACAAUCGACCUAUAUUCCUAGAAAGAUUGACCAGUUGAUCUCGAUCGACUGGUUGAUGACACCUACGCAAGCUUAUAUUGAUGUAUUAUCUUUUAAGAAAGUGUUUUUCUUUUUUUAGCCAUAAUUACCUAUUAAUGAAUUGGAUCAAUAACAAUGAAGUAGCAAUGACAUUUUUGUGACUGAAAUAUAGUAUUUAAUCACAGAAAGUAUUUUAAAUAUGUUAAUUUGGUGUGGUCUCUUUAAACUUUAAAUUUGUUGUUGAAUUAUUUAAAUAAUUGAGGACUAAGUUUAUUACUUUUUAUUUAGAUAUUUUUGUUAAUUUAACCACUGUCUCUGAUUGUUUUUAUCUAGAUAUUAAAUCUUUAUCUUAUAUAUAGAUUCUAAUUUUAUACUAUUAAUAUAGAUUAAUUAUUAUGCUAAUACAUUAUAUAAAGUACUAAAACAAUAUACUAUAUAGGUUCUGUUUUAGUACUACUUAUCUAAAAUUAAAUAUAUUGUACUUUAAUAUACAAUUUUAUCAAUUUAUAGUAUUCUCUCCAACAUAUUGAAUAUUCUUCUUCUUUGCUUUCAUCUCAACUAUUUGAGGUCGGGCACCAUCAUUCUUAACUUUCACUAACCCAAUCACCCAUCUCGCAUACACGGAUUUUCUUCAUAUCAUUCUUUGAAUUCAACUCCCUCUUUUUCAGUAUUGCUCCUCAUCUCCUUCCUCCUAAAUUUAUUUUCAUAUUUUCAAAUUCUUACUGCUUCAGAUUAAUCUCUCCUCAUGACAUGGCAUAGCCAUCACAGUAUUUUUUUCUCUCAUUUUGUCUGUUAUCAAAACCAUACCUAAGCUACCUCGUAUGUCCUUAUCCUAUUAUUCUCAUCACUCCACUCAUCCAUACCCCAACACUUCGAACCAUACAACGUAGCUGGUCUCAUCACAUUUUUGUAAAAUUUACCAAUAAGUCUCAUUGGAAUUCUCUGGUCACAUAAAACACCUGACACCCUCUCCCCUUUAUCUAACUAUACUUAAUAUACUUAAUCUUAUAUGUUUCACAUCCUCAUGAAAGCCAUCUUUCUUUUGUACAAAAAAUCAUAGGUACUUCAGAGAUUCUCAAACUCACCUAUAACCAUUUAUUUUCGUUAGCUGUCUUGUCCUGUUUCUCUAAACACAUACUCUGUUUUACUUGUACUUAUUCUUAGUCUCUUUCCUUCAAGUGUUACUUUCAAUUCCUCAAGCUUAUUAUUAACAUAUUCCAGAUUUUUCCUAUCAGAGCUAUAUCAUCUGCAAACAUCGUGCACCUUUUCUCACCUGUUGUCCUGAGGUUAAAGAUCCGAACCAUCCAAGAUAGUACAAUCCGCCCAAAUCUAGUUUAGAACUCCUCAUACUAUUUGAUAGAAUUUUACACAUUAGUAUUUCUUUUGUAUAUAAAGAAAUUAUUUAACAUCAAUUUAGACCAUUUUGUUUUGUUUGCUUUUAAAGUUGGUAUUUUGUUAAAAUUGAUUAAGUAAUCUUAAUUUUAGAUUAAAUUUAAUUACAAAACAUUGUUAUGUCACAAUAUCAUAUUACGGUGAAUCAUAGAACUGAAAAAUUAAUUAAAAUUAUUGUUUUUUUUUUUUUUUUAAUAAUUUUUUGCUCUUUUUUUUAAUUCAAAAAGAAAUAUUUAAUGUAUAGCGGUACAAAAAAUAUAACUAUAGUGCCCUAGUGCUCUUAUUACAACUUAAGUUGCUAAAACUACACAUAGUUAAAUGCUAUGUUAAAUUGUUAAUUGGAUAUUUUUAUCUGUUUUGCAAACUAUUUUUUAACUGACAAACAAUAAUCAUAUUUAACCGCAUAAUUCAAAUCUGCAAAGAGAGCAGUGUAUUUGGACAAUGAUGCUGGACUACCAGAGGCUCUGAUAAUAUGCCUCCUAGUGAUAAAACUGGUAAAAUUAAAAUCUCUCUAUCAACAAUUUGAUCAGCCUGAUCAAAAUGUUACCUUACUGUAGAAUUUGUUAUCUACCAUCGGUAUAAUUUAUAUACAAUUUUCUAUCAGUGGCGAGAGGGGGCCUAGGAGUACUGGAUCCCACCCAGUGCCAAAAAAUAAAAUUGAAUCAAAAUCAGAUAAAUGUUUCUACAACAUUAUUAAUUACAAACAUUUUACUUAUAGUAGUAUUGUUCUUAUUAUUAGGUUUCCAAUUUGUGGCUAAAGAAUCUAAAUAUUAAGUGUGAUGAAAGCAAGGUUUAACCUACCUUUUAUGAUAAAGAAUUUAUCACAUGAAAAAACUGAUUAUUGAUAGAUUAUAGUUAGGCAAUUUGACAAUUAGAACUUACAUAUAUAUUUAAUAUUGAACUCACUCCAAAAAUAUUAAAGUACUGAACUAUUCUAAACUAUAGAUCGCCUUCCCUAGAAAAUAUUAAUAAUACGCCACUGGUUCCUAUACAUAAGUGUUCUUGUCCUACCAGUUACCAAAGUUACUUCUAAUUCUUAGACUUAUGGUAAUAUUGUAAUCUGAAAAUAAUUGUAUAGACUUUUGAAGUUAUGUUACAAAACUCAGUUGAAUAAAAUGAACUCAACAACAUUCAAAUUACUAUUUAUUUACAACUAUAUAGAACAAAAGUAUUCGCAGAUGUAUGUAAUUAUUUUUAUUUUAUUUUGUAGGACCGUCAAUCACUUCUAAUCACAACUCAAAACGCAAAUAA